AUGGGCGGAAGAGACAAUGGGUACCUGGGUGGGCUUUGGGGUUUCGCCAAGCGGAAGCAUGAAGCAAAAGUGGAAGAGAAGAAACCGAGGCGUUCGCACAGUGAACCGCCAGCUGACACAGAACGUCGUCGCAGGCAAGGCAAGCUACACAAGCCACCACAGGCAGGAAUCAAACCACCACUCACAGGUACCGAGCCGGAACGAUUGCGUCUAGAAAGGCCUCGUAACCGCCUGCGGAAGAGCUUCAUAUCUUUGACGACAAUCCUGCAGCCUGCACCUGAUCUGUUUGUACUGGAAUAUGAGCCGUAUCCGCACCUCGUUCGUCCUGGCAAAGUUCUGGGCAUUUACUCGACUUUCGACGCUGUCACUCUCGGAGCAUUGAAGCAUGGCGCUUACACAUUCUCCCGAGAAGGCUUGCUCGAUGGUAGUGAGUAUCUGAGCUCAACGGGUCGCAUCAAGUUGGUGCAGACAACGGUACAGCGUAGCGGAAUGAAGGCAAUGCUGCCACCGAGAAGCCGCAGUUUGGAUGGCGAACCCAUCAGACUUGACAUACCGCAUCCCAAAUUCCAGGUAGAUGAGUCGAAAGAGGUACCAGCUAUGCACGAAGUCGUAUAUCUCGCGGCUCGUAAGGGGCCUACUGCAGCAUCAUGGAUCGGGGUGUACGAAGACAAGAGCUUAGCAUGGGGUGCCUGCUUAAAGGACAAGGCCAUGUGUGCAAUAGCCGAUACACUGUGCGAUGAAGAGAGAAGCAUUGGCAUACAUAACAUGCCGCAGAUAUCGGGAAGACUGGUCGGGAGCGGGCGUUUUACGUGGAUGGUGGAAAAGCACAUUAUUGACCGUUCCGAGCCUGAACCUAUUGUACUUGAUCAGCCCACCUGGCGGGACGUAUAG